GAGUAAUGUGGAUGCUCUUAGAACAGUAGAAUAACCUCGUAGGAGAGAGAGAGAGAGAGAGAGAGAGAGAGAGAGGGGAGGGGGAUGAAAUCAGCUCAAGAGAUCUCAGCUCCACUAAUUCAAAAGGAAGCAGAGCAACGCGAUGCCUCCGGUUCCGGCACCUCGCAGUACGAAGAGGAAAACUCCCCGAUCGAGCAAGUAGCACUGACAGUUCCGGUCACCGACGACGGGACCCUACCGGCGGCGACCUUCCGUAUGUGGACGCUCGGGACCCUAGUCUGCGCCCUCCUCUCGUUCCUCAACCAGUUCUUCUUCUUCCGCCGAGAACCUCUCUCGAUCACCUCCAUCUCCGCCCAGAUCGCGGUGGCGCCGCUCGGCCACCUCAUGGCGGCGACGCUCACGGAGCGAGUGUUUCUCAAGGGGCAAAGGUGGGAAUUCACGUUGAAUCCGGGCCCGUUCAACGUGAAGGAGCACGUGCUCAUAACGAUCUUCGCGAACGCCGGCCUGGCAGACGUUCACCCGACUCACGUCGUCACCGCCGUCAAGGUGUUUUACAAGCAGAACAUGACGUUCUUCGUGGCGGUGGUCGUCGUUGUGACGACGCAGGUGUUGGGGUUCGGGUUGGCGGGGAUUUGCCGGCGGUUUUUGGUGGAGCCCGCCGCCAUGUGGUGGCCCCAGAAUCUUGUCCAAGUGUCGUUGCUCAGGGCACUACAUGAGAAAGAGGAGAGGCCCAAAGGUGGUGGAUUAACAAGGAACCGGUUCUUCCUCAUAGCCUUCACUUGCAGUUUUGCGUAUUAUGUUUUCCCGGGCUACCUCUUCCCAAUGCUAACCUCCUUUUCCUGGCUAUGCUGGAUAUUCCCAAACUCAAUCCUGGCCCACCAGCUAGGCUCAGGCCUGCAUGGCCUAGGGAUCGGUGCACUCGGAUUUGAUUGGUCCAGCAUUUCCUCUUACCUUGGGAGUCCACUUGCUAGCCCAUGGUUUGCUACUGCCAAUGUUGCUCUUGGGUUUAUGCUUAUGACGUAUGUUAUCGCUCCAGUUGCAUAUUGGCUCAAUAUGUUCAACUUCAAGACUUUCCCUAUUUUCUCAGAUGGCCUCUUCACUUCCACUGGCCAAAACUACAAUAUCACUUCCAUAAUAGGCGAUAACUUUCAUAUUGAUUUCCAGGCGUAUGAUAGAGAGGGCCCUCUUUAUCUCAGUACUUUCCUUGCUUUGACAUAUGCUCUCAGUUUUGCCUGCGUCACUGCCAGCGUUGUUCAUGUUUUAGUCUUCCAUGGAAGAGAAUUGUGGCAGCAAAGCAAGUCUGCAUUCAAGGAAAAACAAAUGGAUGUGCACACAAAGCUCAUGAGAAAGUACGAACAAGUUCCUGAAUGGUGGUUCAGUUGUAUCCUCCUGUUAAACAUCACUGCAACUGUACUUGUUUGCGAGUACUGCAAGGAUCAACUCCAGCUUCCAUGGUGGGGAGUCUUGAUAGCAUGCGGCCUUGCCUUAUUUUUCACCCUUCCCAUUGGGGUCAUCACCGCGACAACAAACCAGACUCCAGCCUUAAGAGUGAUAACAGACUACAUUAUUGGGUAUAUAUAUCCAGGAUAUCCAGUAGCUAACAUGUGCUUUAAGGUGUAUGGGUUUGUUAGUAUGAAGCAAGCGAUUGCCUUUCUGCAAGACUUCAAGCUCGGUUAUUACAUGAAAAUUCCUCCUAGAUCAAUGUUUAUGGCCCAGGUGGUAGGUGCUCUUGUAUCAGCGCUGGUACAUUUAGUAACAGCAUGGUGGCUAAUGGACACAAUUCCCAACAUAUGUGAUAGAGCCCUUCUGCCCCCAGGCAGUCCAUGGACCUGCCCGCGUGACCACGUCUUCUACGACUCCUCUGUUGUCUGGGGCCUAAUCGGGCCCCAAAGAAUUUUCGGAGAUCUCGGCCACUACUCCGCUAUCAACUGGUUUUUCUUAGGCGGGGCCAUAGCUCCCCUACUAGUCUUCCUUUUGCACAAAGCCUUUCCAGACCAGCACUGGAUUCGACUCAUUACAAUGCCGGUGCUUUUAGGAGCAACAAUAACGAUGCCCCCUGCUACUGCUGUCAAUUACACAAGCUGGAUUAUUAUUGGCUUUGCGUCGGGUUUCGUUGCUUAUAGAUAUUACCGUGGAUGGUGGGGCCGCCACAACUAUGUGUUGUCGGGUGCACUUGAUGCCGGUUUGGCCUUCAUGGCGGUUUUGUUGUACUUGUGUUUGGGGAUGCAACAUGUUGAUCUCAGCUGGUGGGGGAGUGACCCUGAUGGGUGCCCUUUGGCUUCUUGCCCUACCGCGGAUGGGAUUAUUGUUAAAGGUUGCCCUGGUUAUAUAAGAUAAGUGUGAUGAAUGUGAUGAGAAGCAAGAAAGCUAGAAAGAUGAAAGUGAUUCUUCAUCAAAUGCACAUAUGUAAAUAAACUGUACAUGGGUUGUAUUUGAAAUUUGUCAUCAUCAUUGGUUGUAUCCAACUUCUUGCCCGUGUUUCAUUUAAUUUAAGUUGCCAAUAUUCAACAUUA